UUGUACAGGAGUGUCUGCCCCGCAGUGCCCGCAUAGCACCGCGCCAGUCGUGGGUUUGAAGUUGUUAUUGCAUUAUUGGAAGCUCGCGAUGAGUAUCGGCAGGGAAAGGUAUUAUCUGGAAUACAGGAAUGAUGACACGAGGGAGAGGCGUGUCAUCCCUCUGGAAGGCAAUGAGGUUGUUGUCGGGAGGAAGGAACUACGGAGCACACACAUAUCCCGGAACCAUGCAGCUUUCAGAUGGCAAGGAGAGCACUGGACUGUUACCUGUAUAGGUCAAAACAAUAUGGUUUUAGAUGGAAAGCUUUUAGCAAGGAAUGUUGCAUACUCACUCAGCUUAAAGUCAGAAAUCAGAUUCACAGAGCGGGAUGUAAACGUGUACAAAUUAAAGGUCUCUUCCUGGAGGGGGAUGAAAGAGUCUGGAAGCACAUCAACAGAAAGUCACAAGAGAUUAAGACAAGAAAAUGAAAGUAGUACAGAGGAAGGUGAGGUGAAACAUGAAUACACUGGGGUGGAGCAACAACUGAGGGGCAGUGAAGCAAUACAGGCACAGCUCAAGGAAGAGAGGGACCGCAUGCAUCAGUCCCUUCAACAGCAAAUGAUAUCUUUGGAAGAAAAGUAUAAAGAAGACAGAGCUCAGUUGGAAGAACAAUUUCAGAAUGGUGCUUUAGCCCAGCAGGCAAUGCUGGAAGAAAAAGAAGCACUAGCGCAAAAGUUACAUGAAGAGAUUGCAAAACUUAAGACAGAAUUGGAAGGAGAAAGAAAAGUGUUAGAGGAUCGUCUGAAGCAAGAGGAGGAGAGAAAUAAAGUUCUUCAAGAAAAGGAGAAUGAACUGCGACUUUUGGCAGAGGAGAAGGCCAGUCUGGAGGAAAAGCAAGAAGCAGAACGGCUGCAACUCCAACAACAGCUUCAGGACAUUGAAUCUCGUCAAGAGGAGUUGAGGCAGCAGGUGGAAGACAAAAACUGUGCCAUCCAAGUCAAAGAGGCAGAGUACCAGCUGGCAGAGGAGGAGAGGCAGAGGCUCCAGGAAGCGCUGGCACAGGAACGCUUGACACGCGAAGAAGAAAAAUUCAAAAUAAAAGAAGAAUUGAUGCACACCAAGGCUCAAGAACAGCGUGUCUUAAGAGAAACUUUGGAUGCCCUGGAAGGUGAGAAACAGAAACUGAUGGCAGACUUGGCCUCCUCUGCUAUGGUUUCUUCUGAGGCCAAAAAGGAGGUGGUGGAGUCAGUGUCUCAUGUCCUGGAGGAUGAAUUUCAGUGUGCAAUAUGCAAUGAACUCUUCAUUAAUGCUGUGCUGUUGAAUUGUAGUCACACAUUUUGCAAAUACUGCAUAGACCGUUGGAAAAAAAACAAAAAUGAAUGUCCCAACUGCCGUCUUCCAAUAAAGUCAGAGUCCAAGUCAUUAGUGGUGGACAAUUUCAUUGAGAAGAUUGUACCUACACUAUCAGAGGAAAUGAAGAAGAAAAGGAUGCAGAUGGUAGCUGAAAGAAAUGCUGAAAUGAAGGCUGCUGAAGAAGCUGCUGCUGCUGCUGCUGCUGCUGCUGCCAGCAGAGGAAGAGGACGGGGAGGAAGAGGGCGGAAUAAUAGAGGAAGAGGAGGUCAGAGAGGGCAGGCAGUCAUGGUGCACUCUACUAAUAUGGCCAACACAGUUCCUGGUGCACCCUCUAACUAUGUAAAUAACCAAGUACAGUACAUUCCCCAUAUGGGUAAUCAGGGAGUUGUCAGGAUUCGAAUGCCAGCACUAACUAUCCGAACCUUGUCAAAUAGUCAGGGGAUAGUGAGAAUUCAAGUGCCUACCAGUGAAGCCCAGAACCUGCAGAAUAUUCAGGUCAGGCUUCACCUUCCAGCAGCUAAUGGACAAGCACCUCCGGGAACUUCAAGCAAUCCUCUUAGGCUCACCUAGGUCAUCUACAUCAGGGCGGCGUGGACACUGGGCCAAUGGCUGUCUGGAGUACUAUUGGUAACAAGUUACUUUUCAUAUGAACAAUAUGUCAUAAUAGUGAAAUCAUUCUUAUGUAUAUGUCUUUAUAUUGAAAGGACGCACAGAAGUAAGGAUUGUGGUAUGUUCUUGUGAUAGAUUUGAAAUGUCUUCAGUAUUCUAUAUCUUGUGUUAAAAUUGAUUUUCUAUAAAAAAUAUCAUUUAUA